AUGGCUUGGCCGAAGCCUUUCAGAAGGACCACUGCUAACACUAGAACCUGCUGGGGCUACACUUUUGACCUGACGGAUGACCACCUCACGCCAGAGCAAUGCUUGCCGCUCAAGCACUCGUACGACACGAUAGCAGAGGAUGUGCUGGAUCGAUUGAACGAGAUAUCGCCACCACCUUCGAAACAUUUACCGCGUAACGGAAGUCAGUUUACACAUACAUCGACAGCAGAUUUGAAAGAUGAACAGGGAACAGAGGAAAAGCCAAAGACACCGCAGAGGGAUUUGUACGCAGUACUCAGGGACAAUAAAGAUAAGGAUGAGUUGCUAGAGAAGUUCUGGAACGAUGUCAACACUGUGCCCGAAUGGGUCGACUGGGAACAGAUACAGCGUGGACAAGAUGUCUUCUAUCGGUACGGAGGUGCAUGUUUGACAGGUCUCGCAUACCAGUCGUUGCUAGGAGGCAUGGGAGCAGCUCGCGUUGUCGAGACGCUGGCAAGAACAGGAGGUUUCAGCACGAAGGUGGCACGAGGACGACUGUUCGAAACGACACAGCACAUUCUACAAUGCACCAAAUCCCUCGAAAGCGUGCAACCUGGCGGCGACGGAUUUGCCUCGACAAUACGGGUACGUCUCCUCCACGCAGCAGUCCGGCAACGAAUCAUGAAGUUGCGCGCCUCCAAACCAGAAUACUACGACGUCGAAGCCUGGGGCAUACCCAUCAACGACCUCGACAACAUGGCCACAAUCACAACCUUCUCCGCCUCCCUCAUCUGGCUCUCCCUCCCCCGCCAAGGCAUCUUCCUCCGCCAACGCGAGAUCGAAGACUACAUCGCCCUCUGGCGCUACAUCGGCCACGUAAUCGGCUGUCCCACAGACUGCUUCGCAACCCCCCUCCAAGCCAAACACAACAUGGAAUCCCUCCUCCUCUACGAAAUCCACCCCACCGCCACCUCCAAAAUCCUCGCCAACAACAUCAUCAAAUCCCUCGAAGGCCAAGCUCCCGGCUACGCCUCCGCGGACUUCCUCAUCGCCUCCGCCCGCUGGCUCAACGGCAACGCCCUCUGCGACGAGCUCGGCCUUGCUCGUCCGGGCUUAUACUACUGGUGCCUCGUCGCGGGUCAGUGUCUGUUCUUCUGCGUGUUUUGUUAUACCUACCGCUCCAUUGCGUAUCUGGACAAGCGCAAGAUUGAGAUGUUGAAGAUGGUGUUUUAUAAUAUUAUCGUGCAUACGAAGUAUGGUCUCAAGGGGGAGGAGACGAAGUUUGAUUUCAAGUAUGUGCCCGAGUACUCGACGAUUACGGAGAUGGGGGAAUGUGAGGAGGAGAAGGCGAAUUACUCUCACGUGGAAUCGCGGAAUUUCAAGACGUUUCUGGUGGGUGUAGGGGUGUUGGGGAUAGGGGCUUGGGUUACGACGAGGGUUGUGGGUGGGUUGGUUAGGGCUUAUGUUUGGUAG